CAAUCUGCUGGAGAGCCACUCCACACAGGCGUGGGACUCCCAGGGGAUGGCAGCUGGUUCAUGUGCCAGGGAUUUCUGGACACUGCAGUUAAAUCAGAAGACUUCACCUGCUAUUGUGAAGACGCCUCCCUGCCACUGCAACAUGGAUUCACAGCACUGCAAGAUGAAUGGUGAAUCUUUCCAGGAAUCUAGGUACAUUGAAGACUCCUCCAAUAAAAAUGGUGUGAUUUCUUUGAUUUUCUCUCUGAAAGAAGAAGUCGGGGCAUUGGCUAAAGUCCUGCGCACAUUUGAGGAGAAAGGUAUAAACUUGACCCACAUUGAGUCCCGACCUUCCCGUCUUAACAAAGAUGAGUAUGAAUUCUUCAUUAACUUGGAAGGCAAGAAUGUCCCAGCACUGGACAAGAUCAUCAAGUCCUUGAGAAGUGAUAUCGGAGCAACAGUCCAUGAGCUUUCACGAACAAAGAAGAAGGACACUGUGCCAUGGUUCCCAAGAAGUAUCCAGGAGCUGGACAGGUUUGCCAAUCAGAUCCUAAGCUAUGGAGCAGAAUUGGAUGCUGAUCAUCCUGGGUUCAAAGAUCCCGUAUACCGGGCCCGGAGGAAGGAGUUUGCUGAUAUCGCCUAUAACUACAGACAUGGCCAACCUAUUCCUCGUGUCACCUAUACAGAAGAAGAGAAGAAAACCUGGGGCAUUGUCUUCAGGGAGCUGAAGACUCUGUAUCCAACUCAUGCUUGCUAUGAGCACAACCACGUGUUCCCACUGCUGGAGAAAUACUGUGGCUACAGGGAGGACAAUAUUCCCCAGCUUGAAGAUAUUUCAAAUUUCUUGCAAAGCUGCACCGGGUUUCGGCUGCGUCCCGUUGCAGGCUUGCUCUCCUCUCGGGAUUUCCUGGCUGGGCUGGCGUUCCGAGUGUUCCACUCUACGCAGUACAUCCGCCACGCCUCCAAGCCCAUGUACACCCCAGAGCCCGAUAUUUGUCAUGAGCUGCUAGGACACGUGCCUCUCUUUGCUGACCCCAGUUUUGCUCAGUUUUCUCAGGAAAUUGGACUGGCAUCUCUGGGAGCUCCAGAUGAUUUCAUCGAGAAACUUGCUACGGUUUAUUGGUUUACAGUUGAGUUUGGACUAUGUAAGGAAGGAGAUUCUCUCAAGGCAUAUGGUGCCGGGCUGCUGUCUUCAUUUGGGGAGCUGCAGUAUUGUUUAUCAAGUAAGCCUGAGAUUCAGCCUCUUGUCCUGGAGAAGACUUCUGUGCAGAAGUACCCUGUUACUGAGUUCCAGCCUAUCUACUAUGUUGCUGAAAGUUUUAAAGAUGCAAAAGACAAGCUAAGGAAAUUUGCUCAAACAAUCCCUCGUCCUUUCUCUGUUCGGUAUAAUCCAUACACACAGAGGAUUGAAGUCUUGGACAACGCAAAGCAGUUGAAGAACUUAGCUGAUACGAUCAAUAGUGAGAUUGGGAUCCUUUGCAAUGCCCUCCAGAAGAUCAGAUGAAGAUUUGCUGUAACUUGCUAGUGACCGGAAGCUAUCAUGUACAAGUGCCAGUCUUGAUCUAGCCUCAGUCUAUAAUCUUCUAGUGUACUGCACUAAUACUUAUGUUAUAUAUCUUAAUUGUUAGAGAUUAGUAGAGAAGCAGACAUCUAUAGGUGAUCCUCAACUCUUCUGGCCUUCAGACACUCAUAAUUUUUUUCUCAGUAAUGUAUAAAAAUUACCUUAUUCCUGGGAAUUUGGGGGAAGUCUCUAUACAUUUUGUGCCAAAGGUUAGCAGAAUGAGAUCUUCACCAUGCAAAGCUAUAAUCUGCUGCACCUGUGUGGUCUGGAACAAGGGAUGGUAUGUCAAUGAUAGACAGAGUGAUCCACCUUGCCUUCUCUCACAGUCACUCUCCCCUCAGUGCUUCCCAGCUGUCCAAGGUUCCCAUGGAGUCCGAAACUCUACACCUUUCAGGGUAUACAAAGAGAUUUUUCAAGGUACAAAGGGAGAUUUCUCUUAACAGGCAUACUCAGCUACUCACAGUGGAUGUCUGAUGUGUGAAGGCUACAUUUUUUGUGUGUGUGUCCUUCCCUGAGAGGUGUCUCAGCUUUCUGGUCUCACAACCUAGAAUGUGGAUACCAGCACCUUGGAAAUGAAGUACCAGUUACAAUGCAGCUGAAGAAGUCAGAGCCUUCCAAGUCCCAGCUCACUGUAUCUGUGGCUAGAGUCCCCACCAAAGCCAAGGAAGACCUGGGUCAGCUCGUCCCAGUCUAACUGCAUUUAGACUCAAACAUUAUCUUUCAAGACAGGUCCUAAGUAAUGACACCCUUUUGUAUCUCCACUGCCCAUGUGAGCUUUAAUUUUUUUUUUUUU